GCCUGGAAUAAUUAUGCUAUUCGAUUCUUUGAGCAAGGCUUAGAAAUAAACAUACCAUUCAAUUCUUUUAGUGAUUCGCUUUGGUCAAGUAACUGGAUAUGGACUGAUAGAAGAAUAGUUAAUC